AUGUUCUCACAUCUGAAAAAUUUAACAUAUCCACAUCAGUUGAUUGAUAUUGCAUUCAUGGUAUCUGAUUCUGAUGAUACUACUUUGGAAGAUUUAAAAGCGAAUAUUGCUGCCCUAGAUAAAGUCACUGACAAGGGAAUACAGCCAUUUCAUGAAAUCGCCAUUUUCGAAAAAGACUUUGGUGCUGUAAUUGGCCAGGGUUUCGACGUCCGUCAUGGCGUCAAAGUACAAGGUGUACGCAGAAAAUUAAUGGGCCGCGCCAGAAAUUGGCUGCUGGGCUCGGCUUUAAAGCCAUAUCAUAGCUGGGUUUAUUGGCGAGAUGCCGAUAUUGAAACGUCUCCAGUGACUAUUAUCGAGGAUCUGAUGAAACAUGAUCGUGACGUCAUUGUUCCUAAUGUCUGGAGACCUCUUCCGGAAUGGUUAGGAGGUGAGCAGCCAUAUGAUCUUAAUUCAUGGCAAGAGAGUGACGCUGCUUUGGAAUUAGCAAGAACUUUACACGAAGACGAGGUUAUUGUUGAGGGAUAUGCCGAAUAUCCUACAUGGAGACCACAUCUGGCGUAUUCCCGAAGCGAAGAUGGCGAUCCAAAUGAAAUCAUUGAUUUGGAUGGUGUGGGUGGUGUAUCCAUUCUGGCGAGAGCCAAAGUCUUUCGCCACGGCGCAAACUUUCCUGGUUUUGCGUUUGAAAACCACGCUGAAACUGAAGCAUUUGGUAAAAUGUCUCGUAAAAUGGGCUUCAGUGUUGGCGGCUUAGUACACUAUACUGUAUGGCACCAGUAUGAGCCCAGUGAAGACGACUUGAAGCAUAUGAAGGAGAUGGAAGAGGCCGAGAAGGCUACAGCCACAAUGAUUUCUUUAUAA